AUGCCAUUCAUAAAGGCCCUCCUAUGGCAUAGCUAUAGAGUAUUUCGAUUGAAAACCAUUAUAGUUAUAUUCUGCAUCAACUUCUUCAUAUAUCUACUCUGGCCACUAGGCCCACAAUAUACAAACUUCCUAGAAAAGUCUCUUCGUCCGGCUCCUCUAUACUCUUUCGAUCCAUCAGAAUCAUUAAAAUCACUAAAAACCCUCGGAUCACAAUAUUCUUUCCAAUGGGGUGACUGGGCUGAUCUAUCUCACCUUUACGACAAUGCUAAAUCAAAAAAGAAAAACUCGGGCCGCUUCCGAAAAACCCCAGUCGAGUCUUCACCAAUCUGUGAUUAUGAAAAAUAUUUCGGUAUCAUUAAAAAACGACCUACUUUUGGGUCUCGCACCACUGGUUAUUUUGUCAACUGUAACGGUGAUAAUUACCUGCAGUUCCAUUCGUCAAUACCGGCUCGGAUGGUUUUAUUAAACCCAAGUGUUCAUCCGCAAAUCAGGCAUCAUCAACAACCAGAAAUCAAACAAGUCGAUGACGACACAAACUACGUAUUCCCAGCACUUAUAGAUGAUGAGUCUCUUUAUGGAGCAGAAGAAUCCACCUCUAAACGCUAUGGUCCUGAAGGCAACUUUACUACCUCUACCACUACUUUGGACAAAAUAGAUGACUACCAUUUCUUACCAAUCCCGGAAAACAGAUAUGAACUCGACCCUAAAAUCAACUUGGCUGCUGUUCUUAAUAUGCUUGACCAAAAUCAAGAGGAAGAAGAAGAAGAAGGAGAAGGAGAAGCGAAACUAAAAAGCACUGGAUUUUUUUCAUGGCUUUUCAAAUCUAGCCCUUCAUCCAGUCUCGCACAUCUUCGCCAGUCAUUGCCCUGGCUACCUUCUCCUCGCAUCGCAAACCUUUACCGCAUGUCCGAAUCAGAGCUCGUCUAUCGUGUCCAGAAAUCAAUUGAUGAAGAAGCUAGUCUUCAACCUUUACACCCUGAACUCACUGUCCCACAAACCGCUAUUGAAGAGCGCAUGUUUAUUACCCAAGAAAUGGCAGAACCUUACCUCGAUUUUAUUCCAUCUAAUUGGAAAAUGCCAAACUACAAAGUCUUAACCUCUCAAGGUAUUCAAGGAUCUAACUCGCAGGAACCCAAACUAGAAGAUCUGUAUCAUGCUCGUCUAGUUAAAGAGGAGCAUGAUAAGGCUCCAAUUGCCGACAAGUAUUUCCAUGAAUACGGUAGAGGCAGUGACGCUUUCCAUUCUGACUUUCGCUUUUAUCAUCAUUCACCAACAGAACCUGUCAAACAAAAAAAUAUGCAUUACUUGUUCCGCGCAUGGUCCAAGUUUGCUCAACAAGAAGGUAUUGUUUCUUGGCUUGCUCAUGGUACUCUUAUCAGCUGGUACUGGAAUGGUAUCAGUAUGCCCUGGGAUAACGAUUUUGACAUUCAAAUGAGUAUCGCCGAGCUUGAUAGAGUUGCAAGGAAAUACAACAACACCCUUAUUAUUGAUGAAGAGACCAUUAAUUCAGAUAAAAAUAUAGAUGAAAACAAUAAUGAGGUUUCUACUGGCCGUGGAGUUUACCUUUUGGAUGUCUCUCCACAUUACAUUGAUCGCACCAUGGGCAAUAAGGAAAAUGUCAUUGACGCUCGUUUCAUUGAUACCAAAACUGGAAUGUUUAUUGACAUUACUGGUAUUGCCCAAAACAAUAAUGAUACUACUCUCUACGGAUGCAAAAACAAUCAUUUUUACAAAAAGGAGGAACUUUACCCGCUUCGCCUAACACUUUUUGAAGGCGCUCCCAUUUACGUUCCAAAUGAAUACCAAAAGAUUCUUGAUGAUGAGUAUGACCGUUGGAAACUCCCUAUUUUCCAGACCUACAUGUAUAAUCGGGAAAUCAAUUUGUGGGUUAAUAAGCUUAUGUGUCGCGUGCGCCGUGAUCACCUGCAGACGCUUGAAGAUAAAUACCAAAGCAGCACGCGGACUGAAUUUCUUGACAACAUUGUCAAGUCUGCAUCAGAGACACCUUAUGAUGGGCAUGAAAAUGUGUACUGCGAGCGCGAUCAUAUAUACGAUAUGUUUGAGUCAGUGAACCAUAUCACCAUAUUACAUCAGCGUGAAAUGGCAUUUAUAGAUGAGGUCCUUGAAAUGGACUCGCAUUUGGCUGCAGAAGUUAAAAGUAGUCGGAAAAUUCCAAAAAGGGAUUUUAUGUCCUUGAAUCAAGAAGAAAAGAGCCAGUUGGCCAAACUUAUUACCAUGCAACCACCAGCGUUUAAAAGAUAUUGA